CGCAGACAGAUAACGGGUUAAUGUAGAUAAGCAGGUUAAUAAAGAUAAGCAGGUUAAUAUAGAUAAGCAGGUUAAUAGCGAGGUAAACAGAGAUUUACGCAGCAGGAGGUGAAUGUGUCUGACACAGAUGGAGUCUGAAGAUAAUCUGCUCAACAUUUUCCUGCUGCUGCUGAUUGGAUCACACUUGACUGUGGUGGGUCCUUCUGCCCCUGAGGAGGGCUGGCAGGUGUACAGUUCCGCUCAGGAUGCUGAAGGCCGAUGUGUUUGUACAGUGGUUGCUCCUCAGCAGACGAUAUGCUCCAGAGAUGCCCGAACCAAACAGCUCAGACAGCUGCUGGAGAAGGUUCAGAACAUGAGUCAGUCCAUCGAGGUACUGGACCAGCGGACCCAGAGAGAUUUGCAGUUUGUGGAGAAAAUGGAAGUUCAGUUAAAGGGUCUGGAAAACAAAUUCAAACAAGUGGAAGACGGACAUGAAAACAACAUCGCCAGACAGUACAAGUCCAUUAAAGCAAAGAUGGAAGAGUUACGUCCUCUGAUCCCAGUCCUGGAGGCCUACAAGGCAGACACUCUGCUAGUCCGACAGUUUAAAGAAGAGGCAGCGAAUGUUACUGAACUGCUGGGAACACUGCAGGAACAACUGGGAGGUCUGGACUACCAGGAGCUCCACAGCCGAGUUAUAAGCUUGGAGGAUAGGCUACGGGCCUGCAUGCAGCGGCUGGCCUGUGGAAAGCUAACAGGAAUAUCUGAGCCCAUCACCAUCAAGACAUCUGGAUCAAGGUUUGGAUCGUGGAUGACUGACCCAAUUGCGCCAGCUGGAGACAAUAGAGUGUGGUACAUGGAUGGUUACCAUAACAACCGAUUUGUGAGAGAGUAUCAGUCGAUGUAUGACUUCAUGACGACAGAUAACUUCACCUCUCACCGCCUGCCUCACCCCUGGUCUGGUACCGGUCAGGUAGUUUAUAAUGGAUCCAUUUACUUCAACAAGUUUCAGAGUCACACCAUCAUCAAGUUUGACUUCAGCACUUCGCUCAUCAGUCGUUCACGACAGCUUGACUUUGCUGGCUACAACAACAUGUAUCAUUACUCCUGGGGGGGGCACUCAGACAUCGAUCUCAUGGUAGAUGAGGGGGGGCUCUGGGCUGUCUAUGCUACGAAUCAGAAUGCUGGAAACAUUGUCCUCAGCCAGUUAAAUCCAAACACUCUGCAGAUUAUCCGCAGCUGGACCACCAAUCACCCAAAACGCAGUGCUGGCGAGGCCUUCAUGAUCUGUGGAACCCUCUACGUUACUAAUGGAUACUCUGGAGGAACCAAAGUGUACUAUGCCUACUCCACCAACUCCUCCACCUAUGAGUACAUCGACAUUCCCCUGACCAAUAAAUAUAGCCACCUUUCCAUGCUCGACUAUAACCCUCGAGACAGAGCACUGUAUGCCUGGAACAAUGGCCACCAAGUCCUUUAUAAUGUGACGCUCUACCACAUUAUCCAAUAAGAUUAAAGGUACAAGUCCAUCAAAAUGUUGCACUCGGCCACAGUAUUCAGUGCGAAUAUAUACAGUAAUAUUAAAGAAUAAAUACAUGCUUUAGAUAAGUCAUCCUGUUCUCUGACUUGUCACAGUCAUCAGGUUCCUCUCUGUUCCUCCAGGACAGAGAUAUAGAGGUAUUUUAGAUUCAGGUAGUUGAAAGAAUAGAAGUGGAGGAAACUGCUCUCUUAUGCUCCAUCGAAAGAAAAUCCUGCUUCCAAGAAGUUCAAGUCUGCUGGAUUGAUAUAUGCUGCUAACCAGUUAACAGUCCAUGCUGUAGUCAGCUUGUCCAUUUAAAAGUAGAGUUAGAACACCGUUCAAACCAACAAUUACACAAAACCACAAUGUCUCUUUUCUACCUGUGCAUUCAUACAAAUGUUCAGUUGAUAACAUGCAACACGUUACAACAUGGGAAUCAGACAAACUUGGAGUUGUUGGAAGGUGAUGGACUAAACAAGCAUUUCCCCCUGCUUCUAAUCUUUAUAUUGAACUAGGCAAAACAAGUCCUGUAUCUCUCUAUACUGGAGCACUUCCCAAAGUGUUGGACUGUUAACUUAGACCUUUGAGCUUUUUCAUCAAGUUACAUUUUGACCACCUGUUUUAUUAGGUUAAUGACCAAAGUAUCAAACACAAAUGCACUUAAAAUGUAAACAACACACUGACACAAUGAAAAAGAAACUAACUUCACAAGAAGGGACACUGAAAUGUUUAGAUUAUUUGGUGGUUUCACACAGAAGAAUGCACCACAUUUUUAUGAAGAUACUUUUUCUGUGAGUGAUCUUUUCUGACUUUAUGAAAUCAAAUGUACUGUUCUUACUCAGAAAUAAUAAUAAUAAUUAUAUUAAGCGUUUUCUUACUAUACUAUAUUAUGCAGUGACAUUGACUACAGUCUGCCUUUCCUCAGUUAGUGUAUUUAAUUUGAGUGCAAGAAUAAGGAAGAAACAUGAAUCAGUUUAGAAAUGUAGGAAUUUAUUGAAGGUAUUGUCAUUCAAUUUCAGCAUUAAACAAAAUUUGUGGUUAUUUCAUUGUGUUUUGUACUUCAACAGAUUCCUAAUGUAUUUAAUGUCUGACUUUUUUGUUUAGUUUUAUGGUGGAAUAAUUGAUUGUUAUGAACUGGUGGAAGCAACAGUAAUGAUACAAACACAAAAGAAAAACCAGGAGAAGUUUUAUUGUUCAGCAGAUUGCAUGAAAAAUGUACAUGGAUUGCUCGGUUUUGGUAACCACUAGCCUUAAUAGCUGAUGUGAUUUGGAUUGCAUUACCCAAACAUAAUGUUGAAGGUUUUUUGUCAGUUUGUUUUGUAUAAAAGUAAAAUAAAGAUGCUCCACUUAAACUUUACAGCCAGUUGGUUGUGUGUGUGAGGUAAAUGUUGGAGUGAAUCAAUAUUAAAAAGACAUUC